UGGUGCUCAACAGAAAGAUCAUGUGCAGCAGAGCAGCUAAAGGCGGACCUAAGUUCUUAUUAUGGCUGCAAUGAUUUUCUCAUUUGGGCUUUUGUUGAGAUGUUUCCCACUGCAGAGCUUGUCGAACUCUUGGAAGCUAUGUAGGAGAGCUGACCUGAAUGCUUGCGGACAAAUACUUUAAAGUUGUCGGCUGUACACUUGAAGACAGGAACUGGCUGGUGUUCUGAUAAAUAGAGGUGUUAACCUUGAUCCUAUAGGCAAGUGGUCAAAGGUAAAUUUCCUUAACACUUUCUUCAUUGUUAAUAUGGUAAGCAGCAUGAGUCCUGCAUAACAUAAAGCCCGAUAUAUGAAAUAUAAACAACAGGUUAAAUUAGUUGUAUAUGAGUCCCUAGUUCCUGUUGGUGCAACCCCUGAGUAUAUGGCUGGGCAUUACAUGGUAUUAGAGUUACAUAUGUAAUUUUUAGUCACUUUUGAUUUUAUAGUUGUUUAGUCUACCCAGAUUACAUUGUUGUACUUUAAUAUUCAUUUUAUGUCAAUCUGCAGCUACAAGGGGCAAGCUCUUUCAUACCUGUUAUGGCGCUUGCUCCACAGGAGAAAGAGCUGGUUGUCGAUAUGGCUUAAAGAAGAUGAGUAAUACAAAACCAGCAGUAUCUGAACCUUCUAAACAAGCAGAUAAGAUGGAACAAGCAGAAGUUAUUGAUGACAGUAAGGAUGCUCAAAUGGACAACCCAAAUUGAGAAGUUGCAAGUAAAGGAAAAAGGAGAGGAAAAAGGAAAACACCAAGGGUGCUGGGAAAAAAAGACGGGAAGUUGAAGGCAAGCAAUUCAGAACCAGCAAGAAGUGAAUCCUUGGCUCUACCAGAAAAGAGAAAAGCAACAGUAGUUCAUGAUGAUGGCGAUGUCGCCAAAAAUAUCCCCAAUGAGAAAAUCAGUAAGAGUAAAUCCUGGGAAAAGGGUAGGCGACCUAGGGAUAGUGAUAAUAAGAGCGUUGCAGGAAAAAAUGGAAGGGAAAUACCUUCAUCAACAGUCGGAUCAAAAAUGAAACGGAAGUUACCUUCAAGAGAGGAGGGGAUUUUACAAGCUAGAGAAGGGAAAAGGAAAGUAUUGAAGAAGAGAAAGGUUUGAUUAGUUGAAUCAACUAAUGUUGACCAACAGUUGCUCACAGUUGAAUGCUUUUGACUUGCAUACGUUAUUUCACUGGAGCCUGGAGGAUCCCAUGCAAAUACUGUGGAGUCCAUUAAAAGCCUUUGAGAUGCUCAGAUAGCUGAAAUUCUAGGGAGUAGAACGGUGUUGGAGAACUAAAAUAUGGUUGUUGACCGGCAUGGUGUUUGAUUUAUUUACCAACGAAAACAAUAAAAGAAAACCCUCCAUCCAUGAAUCCAUGGCUUUCAAGCAAAAGAAACGAGUGAAGAGUUCCAGAAACAAGUAUCUGAAGCCUGGUGCUCUUGCCCAGAUUCGAUAUAGCAGAAUGGCAACCAGGUCUUCCACGGAUACAGGGAGAGAGGUUUUGUUGGAGACUGAAGAUCAAAAGGUGGUCUUUUUUCAUAAAGGAGAGCUCAUAGAGGAUCAAAAGGUGGACAGUUCUCAUAAAAGAGAGCCCAUAGAGGAUCAAAAGGUGGACAUAUUUCAGAAAAGAGAGCUCACAGAGGAUCAGAAGGUGAACAUUUUUCAUAAAGGAGAGCUUGUUGUUCAUAAUAGGACGCCUGCUGCAUCUCCCAGUAGGACACAGUCAAUAAACCUCCAGUCAGCAGGGAAACUGGGGGAUGAAACUAAGCAACAAAUGUUGCCAACUACACCUAAAACUCCAGAUGCUGGAUGUGAAAGUCAGUCAAGGCUUGAAUCUCUUCCUAUAGAUUUGUUGGUUAAAAUCCUAUGCCACUUGCAUCAUGAUCAACUACGAGCAGUUUUCCAUGUUAGUCAGCGUGUUCGAAUGGCUGUUCUUGUAGCCAGGGAAUGGUACUUCAAUUAUACAACACCUGAUCGGUCCAGACAAGCAAUGCUUAGAGCAAAAACUCCUCUUCCAACCGAACGCUGGCCUUUCAUAAGCAUGAGAGAUGGCAGGGGUAUUCGAAUUUCAAGCCCACAUACACCAAAAGCUCCAAGGCAAGGGCGUCGUCCUUCUCGCCUUUAUUCAACAGACAUAAAACAAACCGCAGCUGCUCUUUUUAGGGAUACUACAUUCCUCUCCUCAUACAUUUCUCCAUUAUUUCCUCGGCCUGUUCUCAAGCCUGUGGCUUCUAAUAGGGUUCUAUUUUGUGAGGAGGAGUUGUGCAAGGCAGUGGCAAAGAAUAAGCUUCGCUGAAUAAUUAUUCGCUGGGAAAUUACUCAGUGAUCCCUUUUUUAUAUGUCACAUAUGUAAAUGUCUUUUUGUUCCGUUUUGAAAUGCAUCUACUAGAGGAUGCAGUUUUGGGUCUUCAAAGUGCUGCAUUUAGGUGAAAGACUGCAGAAUGAUUUAUCAGCUUAUGAUAAGUCUUUUUAUGAGCUUCUAUAUGUUUGUAUUUUGAUCCUUGUAUAGUUCUCUGUAUGUAUAUUGAGUUGUGGUCUCUGAUUUUCUUUGAUAUAUCUAGUGCCUUGUGUUAUCUGAUUUUCUUUGGUUUCUUUGAAUCUCUGGUGGGGAUUAUGACCGAACAAACAAUGAAUGCAGUUACAUUUUGA